CAAAACUUCUCGUUAAAAACACACAGGAGAAAAAUCAGAAACCACCCAGUGGAAGGAUGUUGGCCCCCAAGGAUGAGGCAGACGCUCUUGCGACAGUGGAUGUGGAUACGUAUAUCAACCAGGCCAACCAUUGGUCUACUACCAAACCACAGAAGAGAGGCAGGUGCUUUAGUGCCAAAUCACAGGAGGGUGGCACAUGUUAUGCCAACGCAACAGCAGCCGUCCUGCACCUGGCCAUGACACGCAUUACGGGACGUGUUGGUGGAUAUCCAGAUUUUUUUGAGAUCCGUGAGAAACUGGUCGCUAAGUAUGGCAAGGAUGGUGCCAGCACACUGAGUGUGGUAAAAGAGGUGUGUCCUCAGUACCGUCUCCAGUGCGAGCAGGUAGAUGAGGAAGGUGCAAAGGCAGCUGUUGCUGCCAUGCGACCAGUAAUUGCUACUUUCCAUCUUACAGAUCAAGAGUGGGAUUUGUUCUCAGAAUUCUAUAAGGACAACCCAGAAGGCAUACUGACCAGGUCAGUGAUUGAUAUCAGAGAGCGUCCACCUGGUGCUGAGCUUAGUGGCCAUGCUGUCGUCAUGUCCAGGUGCAGCAGUGAGCGCCUACGGCUGAUGAACUCCUGGGGCAGAGGCUGGGGUGACCAGGGCUUCUUUAGGAUUCAGAAUGCUGACGUCCUCGGUCUUAAGUUUGUUGAUGUGUUCUGGACUUUGGAUGACCUGAGACAAGAGGAGAAAGAUGCAUAUACCAAGUAUGGUUCAGCGGCGUGCCCCAAAAUUUGUGUGACUGAAUGCAUCGCGCUUCGCGCUCCACGCGUCACGCGUCACGCUCCCUUUGAGACGAAGUUCUGCACGUUCUCUCCACAAAAAUAAAUGAUGCUAGUCAACUGUCCUGUAUCUCCUAUUUGUGCAGCUUAUGCAUCUCCUACUCAUGUGUAUUUAAAUGGAAUAAUUCAUUUGGAAUGUAAUAUACUAAAGAAUUCUGAUUUUUUCUAAUUGUAUUUGAUGUCAGGAUAUGAUUUGGUGUAACUUUACUUAGUGUGAUUACACUGUAGGCCCUAGGUGACAUGUUGUUUAAUAAGGUGCAUGUCACUUUAACACAUUUUAGUUUUUUGUUAAGAAUGUGAUUGAAU